ACACCUUCCCUCUCUUCCGCUAUGGUUCAUCCUGGUUCGUCCUUGGAUGAACAGCUCAUUUGACAUUUUCUGAUUGGCCAUACGCUCCAGCCGUUCAAUUGUCACUGACGUCAACACUCAUCAAAGCCCGCACAACUCAUUCGACCACGUUGAGCGCAGAUCCUCGCCGCCACCAGUUGCGUUAACGAUGUCGAUCGGAGCUGAGAAUCACGUGUCGGAGCACAAGCCGCUCCUGCCGACCACGUCGUCGGACGUCAAGACAGAGGACCAACCGCACAAGCUCCUGGGUAUCUCGUGCGUGGCGCUGUCGGCUGUGUGCUUCAGCCUCAUGUCGACUAUGCUUAAAUACAACACGUACACCAUGACGUCCGUUGAGGCUAUUUUCUGGCGCUCUAUUGUGGCUAUGGCACUCAACUAUGUACGUAUCUACUAACGAAAAGGUCUCGUAAUGAUGGUGGUUAACGGUUGGCUUCGUGGUUGCGAUGCAGGCGUGCAUCUGGUACAAUGGUAAAUCGCUGUACGUUGCGCCGGAAGACCGGAUGAUGCUGUUCUACCGUUGCUUGGCUGGCUUCUCCUCCAUUUCAUUCGCCUUCUACGCCGUCUCUCAAAUGGUGCUCGCCGACGCGAGUACAGUCGUUUUCACGUCACCUGUUUUCACCUUCUUCCUGGGAGCUUGUGUUCUUCACGAACGUAUCGAUAUCCCCAGCUUCGCGUGUGCGCUUCUGUCGUUCGGUGGUUUACUCUGCGUCGUUCGUCCUGCCUUCAUCUUUGGAAACGACCAUGCUACGGCGCACACGGAUGGUUCAUGGAUUGCUAUCGGCUCAGCGUUGCUUGGUGCCAUUGGCCAGGCGUUCGUCUUCAUUUCGGUUCGAAAACUCAAGAGCAUCCACUUCUUGGUUAUCGUACACUACUUUAUGCUCUUCAGUGUGAUCGGAUCGCUCCUGUACAUGGUGCUGGUGCAGCGGGUAUUCGUGGUGCCUUCGACCACUGGCGUCUGGCUGGCUGUCAUCGGUAGUGGCGUGUUCACGUUUGUAGGCCAGAUGCUACUUACUAAGGGUUUCCAGCUAGAGAAGGCAGGCAUUGCCUCUGUGAUGCGCUACCUGGACGUGGUGUGCGUCUUCAUGUGGGACUACCUGUUGCUAGGUGAGAAGAUCAACUACUGGAGUGUCGUAGGUGCUGCUAUCAUUUGCACAUGUGCUGCUACCAUCGCCCUACGCAAGGCUCACACGGGUUAAAUGAAUGUUACACUUGUGUAUCUGACGAGAUUUAGAUUGAUAAUAUAGCUAUCAACGUUUCUUGAAUCA